AUAUGAAGUGGCGAGCAAGCGCGCUUCCGUUACCGCAAACAUGGCGAUUCACACAGCUUAAAUAUAUACGAUGUGCGAAAACAAUCCGAAUAAAUAAUUUAUUGGAAAUUUGCGUGGCCUGAGGUGGCGUGAUAUUAAUCGCGGCCCAUGUGACGGAACUGUUAAAGACAAAGUGAGUGUAUUGCGGUGACCAGUGCCCCUCGGUGUGGCUGAUCCAUUGCCGUAAAUACCAUCUAGUUAUAGUGAGUGCUGCCAACCACGAUUACGAUGUGUAUACGGCGCUAACCGACAAAAAAACUGCUUUGAUACGAGGUGCGGUCAAACACCAUUCUAGUCAUGGGAAAACAGAAUAGCAAACUGAGACCGGAAGUAUUAGAGGAUCUGAAGCAGAACACGGAAUUUUCAGUAGAUGCGGAAAUCCAGGAAUGGUACAAAGGGUUCUUAAAAGACUGCCCCAGCGGCCACCUAUCGGUGGAUGAAUUCAAGAAAAUAUAUGGAAACUUCUUCCCUUAUGGCGACGCCAGCAAGUUUGCAGAACAUGUUUUUAGAACUUUUGAUUCAAAUGGUGAUGGGACCAUUGACUUCCGGGAGUUUCUCUGUGCGCUCUCAGUGACGUCUCGGGGAAAACUCGAGCAGAAACUGAAAUGGGCGUUUUCGAUGUACGACCUGGAUGGCAACGGUUUCAUUUCCCGACAGGAGAUGCUGGAAAUUGUUACUGCGAUAUACAAAAUGGUGGGUACCGUAAUGAAGAUGCCCGAUGAUGAGAGCACCCCAGAGAAGCGCACUGAUAAAAUCUUCAGACAGAUGGACAAGAACCAGGACGGUAUUCUGAGCCUCGAUGAGUUUAUCGAAGGGGCCAAGAGCGACCCAUCGAUCGUUCGGCUGUUACAGUGCGAUCCUCAGGCCCAGUAAUUGGGGCCUGUUCUCUCAUUUUCCAUCUUUUCUACUCUCGCCUCCCUAAUUAAGUAAAACGUCUCAUAGGUUAAGAAGUUUCCUAUUCUACACCGCUGGGCAGCCAAGCCACGGGACAUUUUGUGUUAAAAAAUGUCCCGUGUUAUUAUGAUUUAUUAUUAUUAUUUAUAUUUACUAGAAGUGUUGGUCUGUUUGUUUGAAAAUUGUUUCGCCAUUUUGUCCUAAGUGGCAAAACAAUUUCCAGUCAUUAUUGCGGCAAUUUAGUUUUCCUAUGUACGAUUACAUUGAUAUACUGAAACCAGCACUUGGACUAAGGCGCUAGAGGAAGGAUUUCUGCUAAAAAAUCGAAGUACCUACUAUAGAAAUAAUACGAAUAGACUAAAUAUCGCAUACUUACUCCAUUUGAAAUGAUAUUUCCAGAAUAUAUAUUCAAUAAUGUAUCAUGUAAGUGUUAAUGUUUUCAAAUUUUUAAAUGUGAUUCCAAAGCUGGGGAAAGUGCCGACGGCAACACCCAGCAGCCGAUUUGCCUGCGGCCACUUUCCAGCCCAGUUUAAACUCUAUUAGUGUGUAUAAACUUACCUUCUAUCACUUUCUACUUCCUUAUAUUCGUGAAUUUCCAAAACAAUUUAGAAUCGAUGUGACUCAGGACUUGAUCAAAUCAAAACCAAUUAUCUCUAUCACUCCUGAUAUCAGUGCUUAGUUAGCUAUACGUUUAUGUGAAAAAAAGAGUUCAAAAACAUGGCCUAAAACGCUGUUUCAUAGAUUUUUGAUAGUCUAAAGAUUAAUAGGCUAGUUGGACAUGGGUUUACACUGUUAAGCUUCAGAAUUUGGCGGGAUGUUACCAUUAAUUGCCUUUCAAGGGACAUAUUUAAUUAAAGUGUCUAUACAAGAGUGUUAUAGCGACGAGUUUAUUGACCGGCCGCAAUGUCCUGAAGUACCACAAGGCUAUUGCAGCCCUAAAAGCAAGUAUGGUAUUGCGAAACCGGUUUUAGAUUAUUUUUCCACGCCUUUUUAGGUUUUUGGCCGCAUAUUGCAUCUAGAAAGGCGCAUUUCGUAACCUUACCGUCAUGGGAAUGGAAUUUUCAAAAUUGUCGAAUUUUUCAAGCACAAAAAGAACUUUCAAAAUGCAAAUUCAAUAAAUAGCUCACAGCUUGAUCGCAACUGUACAUUGAACCACUUGCUACUCACUAAAAUACAGUUUUUUUCGCGAUUUUAAGUUCGAAAAUCGGACUAAACGACUACACACUGACAGCUUUCACUGUUAACCGCCGAUGGUUGCAUUCGACUGGCACAGCACAAGUCACAGAGGUUACUUUGUGAUCUGUGUGACGAAGAAGCGACCAUUCAGUUAAUGAGCGCGACAGGGACGGAUAGAUGAAUGUGGGCAAAUACGUUUUAGAAUUAUGUUUAAGUAAUUUCGAGCAUGACUACGAUCUUCCCUCUACGAAACAAAACACAUCUGCGGCAUGUUGUUUUCUACCUUUCCUUAAUCUCUAAUUACCCUUAAAGUACAUGUAAUGAAUAAUCGAUACAAAAUAAACAUUGCUGGUUAAUUAAAUUGAGAA